AUGCUCGGCGUCCUCCUCCUCCCAUCUUCUGAUACUUUUGUUCAGCACGAGGACGGCUAUCAAGUAAUUAGCAAGGACGACCCACUCCAGCCAGGGCACUACAUCGUAUGGGCAGACGAUUUUCAGAUCAACAAUGAGAUUGUCUUGACCAGAGCUCUCUCAGUCACUACUGGUCCCCGAUUGAACCAUUUCCGCGAGAAUGUGCAACGACGUGACGGGCGGUGCGUCGUGAGCAAAUUGACGAAUAACCGUGCUGACCGUGGAAAUUGGUCCGCGUUUCAAGCUGCACACAUAUUCCCACUUGCCUACCAGCAGCAAUGGAUCGACGGGGACUAUGGACGCGACGUUACAAUAGUGCCAUCUAUCGGAGGUCGAAUUAACUCUGUCCAGAAUGGCCUCCUGCUCCUUGCAAGUGUGCAUGUCGACUUUGACAAUUACCAUUUUUCCAUCAACGUGGAUAAUGGCUAUAAAGUCGUCCUUUUCGAGCCAGAUAACCUGAAUAUCGCUGGCCAAGCUCUCGACCGUCGUCUCCUUGACGAUCCGUCUCGUCCAUUGGAUUCUCUUUUACGAUGGCAUUUUCGGCAGGCUGUACUGGCAAACAUGCGCGGCGCUGGCGAGCCGAUUUUUGAAAACGACUUCCCCUCAUAUUCUGAUAUGAUGGGUGAGAUCAUGGAAGGACCCAAAGCAGCACAACGUAUGGAAUUCGAGCUUUUUAACCGACUAGGUGCGUUCUAUGACCUUGGCGAACCGCACGAAGCCGACCAUGAUGAAGUAAGAGAGAUGCCAAAGGCGGAGGGAAUGACGACUUGCAGUGACCAGCCUAGCAGUCCUAUUUGUGAGGACAUGGAAGAACGUGAGGACAUGGGAAAGCACACGCACGAUUAG